GCCGCGCCGCGAUGAGGGCCGGCGCCCGCCCGCCGCCGCCCGUGCUGGCCGCGCUGCUGGGGCUGCUGGGGCUGUGCAGCGCCCAGCGCCCCGCCACCCGCCAGGCCGUGGUGCUGCCGCGCCGCCUGGGCGCUGCCGGCGGCCGGGAGCGCUUCCGCCUGGAGGCCUUCGGGGAGCGGCUGACGCUGGAGCUGGAGCCCGACAGCAGCUUCCUGGCCCGGGACUUCACCCUGCAGUACCUGGGCGGGCCGCCGCCGCCCUCUUCCUCCUCGCCGCCGCCGCCGGUGGACGACCUCGCCCGCUGCUUCUACUCCGGCACCGUCAACCGGGACCCCAACUCGGCCGCCGCCCUCAGCCUGUGCGCGGGGAUGCGCGGCGCCUUCUCGUUGCGGGGCCGCGAGUACCUCAUCCAGCCCGCGCCCGGCGCCGCGGGGCAGCGCCUCGGCCCCCACCUCCUCCGCCGCCGCGGUCCCCGCGCCCCCGUCGCAUCCCGCUGCGCCGUGACCGAGCCGGGGGCGGGGGCUGACGCGACCGAGCCGGAGCCGGAGCCCUCGGGGCACGCAGAAACGGGGAGCAAAAGGAAAAAAAGAUUCGUCUCCAGCCCCCGCUACGUGGAGACCAUGCUGGUGGCCGACCAGUCGAUGGCCGAGUUCCACGGCAGCGGACUGAAGCACUACCUCCUGACGCUGCUCUCGGUGGCGGCCAAGCUCUACAAGCACCCCAGCAUCCGCAACUCCAUCAGCCUGGUGGUGGUGAAGAUCAUGGUCAUCUACGAGGAGCGCAAAGGACCUGACAUCUCCUCCAACGCCGCCCUGACGCUGCGCAACUUCUGCAGCUGGCAGAAGCAGCACAACCCGCCCAGUGACCGGCACGCUGAGCACUACGACACUGCCAUCCUCUUCACCAGGCAGGACCUCUGUGGUGCCAAGACAUGUGAUACUCUUGGGAUGGCCGAUGUGGGAACCGUUUGUGAUCUAAACCGCAGUUGCUCUAUCAUAGAGGACGACGGCUUGCAGGCUGCCUUCACAACAGCCCACGAGCUAGGCCACGUGUUUAACAUGCCUCAUGACGAUGCAAAGCAGUGUGCUGGCAUUAAUGGAAUAAGCCGGGAUUUCCACAUGAUGGCAUCCAUGCUUUCCAACCUGGAUCGCAGCCAACCCUGGUCUCCAUGUAGUGCCUACAUGAUUACAACAUUUUUGGAUAACGGUCAUGGUGAGUGUUUGUUGGACAAGCCCCACAGACCAAUCCAGCUUCCUUCUGACCUGCCCGGCACGCUGUAUGAUGCCAACAGACAGUGCCAGUUCACUUUUGGAGAUGAAUCCAAGCACUGCCCUGAUGCAGCCAGUACGUGCACAACUCUGUGGUGUACCGGUACUUCGGGAGGACUGCUCGUCUGCCAAACCAAACACUUCCCUUGGGCGGAUGGUACCAGUUGUGGGGAAGGGAAAUGGUGCAUGAAUGGCAAGUGUGUGAAUAAAACUGAGAAGAAGCAUUAUGAUACCCCAGUGCAUGGCAGCUGGGGGUCCUGGGGAGCGUGGGGAGAGUGCUCCCGGAGCUGCGGUGGCGGCGUGCAGUACUCUUUCAGGGAGUGUGACAACCCUGUUCCUCGGAACGGGGGGAAGUACUGUGAGGGGAAGCGGGUGCAGUACAGGUCGUGCAACAUAGAGGACUGUCCAGAUAACAACGGCAAAACCUUUAGAGAGGAACAAUGUGAGAAGCACAAUGAGUUUUCCAAGUCUGCUUUUGGAAGUGGACCUGCAGUGGAGUGGACACCCAAGUACGCUGGUGUGUCUCCAAAGGACAGAUGCAAACUGGUCUGCAGAGCAAAAGGAACUGGAUACUUCUUUGUUUUACAGCCAAAGGUUGUGGAUGGCACCCCGUGUAGCCCCGACUCCACCUCUGUGUGCGUCCAGGGACAGUGCGUGAAGGCUGGCUGCGACCGGAUGAUAGGCUCCAAUAAGAAGUUUGACAAAUGUGGUAUCUGCGGUGGCAAUGGAUCCACUUGCAAAAAAGUGUCUGGCACACUUGUUAGAGCAAAACCGGGCUACCAUGACGUGGUCACCAUUCCAGCUGGGGCGACCAAUAUUGAGGUGAAGCAGCGGAACCACAGAGGUGCCAGGCACGACGGCAGCUUCCUGGCCAUCAAAGCUGCAGAUGGCACCUAUGUCCUCAAUGGUGAUUACACUCUGUCGACGCUGGAGCAGGACAUCACCUACAAGGGCAGCGUGCUGAGAUACAGUGGCUCCUCUGCCGCUCUGGAGAGGAUCCGCAGUUUCAGCCCUCUAAAGGAGCCUCUUACCAUCCAAGUCCUCACAGUGGGGGACUUGCCACAGCCCAAGAUCAAGUUCACCUAUUUUGUGAAGAAGCCUGCUCAGCCCGCAUCAGAGAAGGUGCCCAGUAAAAAGAAAGAGUCUUUCAAUGCCAUCAAGGAGAUCAUCUCCUCUGAGUGGGUCAUUGAGGAGUGGGGCGAGUGCUCCAAGUCGUGUGGCUCGGGCUGGCAGCGGCGGGCCGUGGAGUGUCGGGACCCCCGGGGGCGGCCGGCCACUGACUGUGCCCGGGAGCUGAAGCCCAGUGAUAUCCGUCCCUGUGCUGAUAUUCCCUGCCCACAGUGGCAGCUGGGGGACUGGUCGCCUUGCUCUAAGACGUGCGGGAAAGGUUUCAAAAAGAGGUUGUUGAAAUGUAUUUCUUACGACGGCGGCGUGCUGCCACAAGAAAGCUGUGAGCCUUCCAAGAAACCAAAGCACCUGAUAGACUUCUGCAAUGUUACGGACUGCAGUUAAAUAGUAUAAGUUGGGAAAGCUAAUUUUUUUAUUUUAUUUUUUUUUCCUUCAGAACAAUGCACUGAAAAUAAGAGUGUUAGAGGUAGCGCAUACGUCUUGCGUUCAAAAUUUAUGGUGAGGAUCCAUUGAGGUGGGACAGUGCAAAUAACGUUAGUUGGCGUUGCAUCCUAAAACUACCCUGCCAACUGCAGAUUUGGUAGGAUAGCAGACCAAUGUCACUCACUCAUCUUCAGCAGAGAAGGCCCUAGGGUAUUAUAACUUCCUUUUUUAAAAGUUAUGAAUUAAAACAUGAGCAGUGGCCAAAGCAUGUUGAAGCAAACAUUUUGGGGUUGGUUAAUUCUCCCUUCUUUUGGAUUUAUAUUGUGGUACUGAUCAAGUCCCCACAUGUAGGAAGAGAAGACAAAGGGGAGUGGAAAAGUUAGCUUAAAAUAAUUGGUCAGGGCUUACCUACCUCACAAAGGGCAAAACACAGGAUUAGAAAAGGAGCUUUAACUAAGUCAUUCACGGCUGCUAUUGUUUCAGAGAACAGUUUUAUAUAAAAAUGAAGCCAUAUUCUCUACCUGUAAAGAGUAAGAAAUAGGAAAAAGUCAACUCCACAGAUAACUAGAAUGUCAUUCUUUAAUUAUUUCUUCUAAAGCAUCUUUGUCAUUCCAAUGUUCCUGUCCAUUUCUCUUAUCCACUUUAAUGCCAUUGUGGUGACAUCUAAUCCAGAGGCUAGAAAAAGUGGAAAUCUUCAUGGAGCAGGUAGUUUCUAUGAGUAGUUGCUCUUUGUGCCUUCUGCAUACUUCCACUGGCUUUUUUGAUUUGAGCUUGGUUCUACCAUCCUUUCAACCAGACUAGUGGCAGUGGGCGUUUCAGUCAGUGCUCUCACAUAAUUUUCCCUUACCCCAGCCAAUAGCAAUUAUUUGCAUUUGGAUAAAAAGACAUCAAAGAAAUCCCGCUAUGAAUGGGAACCUCUCCUAAAUGGCCUCUGAUGGGUUUGUAGUGCUCAAAUCACUGAUAAGGCGGGAAGACAAAGCUGAAGGAUAGCAGGUCCAUCCACAGCAGUACGCCAGCAUUUGCAUAAUUAAAGUUUGUGCCAGUCCAUAGACAAUGAGAGAAUAUGGCUUUCCAUAUGUAUAUAGUAAAAAAUAUUACUAUAGAUGUUACAUACUUUAUAAGUAUUCUAUAUUUCUUUCCCUUCUGGGAAGGGUUAUAAUUUGUAAUAAAUGCAUAUAAUGAGCAUAUUUAUUUUUAUACUUCUUGUCUAAUGUGAUCUUCUAAGUUAUCGCUUUUUUUAAAAGGACAUAUAACAAGGAUAGAGUAUUUAUACAGUAUAAUAUGUUACUAGAAGUAAUAAAUGAACCCUAUAAAUUUUGAAAGUGGAGCGUCUUUAUUUCACUGGAGUAAAACUGGUCUGUUGAGCAAAAUGAGCUUGGAUUCUAAGGUAAUGUUACGAAGAAGGCUAAACCACAUUUUUCAAAAAUACUGGUAGCUUAGGCUACUAAUCGACUGUGUUAGUGAAGGGGUUUGGAAAACUCUAUCCGUACAUUAAAAGGGGUAAUUUUGUAUUUUAUUGCUUAACCACUAUCUUGGUGCUCAGUACUGUUGUUUCAUCUUCCAAAAAAUGGACUGCUGCUAGACUGAUGCCACUAAUUUUAAUAAGGGCUUACAGAGGGAAUAUUGCUGUCAGUGGUGUUUAUAACCAAAAAAAAGUACAAAAGUAGCAGUUUUACCUGCUCCACUUAACCUUACCCGACUGGGAAAGAUGCAUUCAGAAUUUAAAACCAUUAACUAGCAGUCAGAGGUUUCCCUCACAAAAUUCUGGAGGGCCUCAUGAUCACGCUCUUCUAAUUACUUGUAAAAGUACUGUAUGAAUGAACUGUUCUAACUGUCGGUAACACGUUUUAUAAUGUUGAAAUACAUACUAAGCGUUAAGAAACUGAUUUUUGCUCCCUCAUUUCUGAUCUCAUGACUACUCCAGUUGAGGGAAAAUCUUCUGUUGAGCUCAGUGGGAUUCUUGCCAUGGAAUUUGAGACAUCAGUCAUCUAUGAAUACUUUUGGCUUUGUGUCAUGUAAAAAUCUAUUAAAACUUCCUUUGCCAAUG